GAUAAUGAAGAUGUUCCCUAAACAAUUUUAAGCUCUUUUCUGGAUUUUGUAGUCUAUUUUACUCGUAUCAUGAAAGAUAAAAAGAAAUCAAAGCGUCAACCUUUGAAACAAAAAUAUGCGAUUGCCAAAAAAUGUCAAGAACAUCGCAAACGUUUAAAAAAAAUAGCUAGAAAGGAAGGAUUUAUUAAAGGGUGUAAGGAUAAAAACGUUCGAAUCCCUAAUUCUUGGCCUUUCAAAGCUGAAAUGCUUGAAGCCAUUCAGAAAAAGAAGUUAGAGUAUCAACAAGAAAGACUUAAUAAAAAACUUUUUAAUAAAACAACUACUGAUGUGGAUAUGAGUAGUCAGACACAUUUCUGCUUAGAUACCUCAACCACCGUGACUUCAAAACAUACAUUAGAACCAUCUAUCUCCAAAGGGAAUUCCACCCAUUGCUAUUACCGUAAUUUAAAACACAUUUUGGAAAAGGCAGACGUAAUUGUUCAAGUCCUGGAUGCCCGAUGUCCUAAUGAGUGCCGUCAUCUUAAAACAGAAGAAGCUGUUGUAGAAAAAGGAAAAAAACUUAUAUUUCUUUUAAACAAAAUUGAUUUAGUUCCCAGUGACGUUGUAUCGCAAUGGAUAGAUUAUCUUCGCCAGUUUCAUCCUGUUGUUGCUUUUAAAGCGGCAACGUCGAAUACAAAUCGUAAUCCAAUUAUAGCCAAAAAAUCAAGGAAUGCUUUAUCAAGUGCCGAGCUUUCAAUAAAAUCUCAUGUCGUAGGAGUUUCGGAAUUGCUUAAUUUAAUCAAAAAUUACGAAAGAACAACAUCUUCAUCUAAAAGCAAAAUGUCUUUAACUGUCGGAUUCAUAGGAGAGCCUAAUGUUGGGAAAUCAUCUAUAUUAAAUUCAUUAUGUAGAAAUUCUCGCUGUGUCAAAGUUGGCGGGGAGGCCGGAAUAACAAAGCAUAUACAAGAAAUUCAGUUUGACAGUAAAGUAAAAUUAUUAGAUUCUCCUGGUGUUAUUUAUAGCGGAAACGAUGAUGAUCCUCUUGUUAUAUUAAGAAAUGCUACACAAUUUACCAAAAUUCAAGAUCCUAUUUCAGUAGUCACCGUUUUGUUGGAAAAAUAUCCACAUCAUGAAAUUAUGAAAAUGUUUCAAGUACCGUCUUUUGCUAAUACAUCCGAAUUCCUGACAAUUAUUGCCAGGAAAUUAGGAAAACUAAAAAAAGGAGGUGUUUGUGAUUUUGAAGCUGCCGCACGGGCCGUUUUACAUGAUUGGACGUCGGGGGCUGUGUUACACUAUGUAUUACCACCAUCAUCGAGUGAUAUGAACCUCAACGAUGAGCUUAUGGAAAAUGAUACCAAUACAGUCUCUCGAAUAGUGUCUUCACUACGUCAACCGUUGGAAAUUUAAGUUUUUACGUUAAACAUGGACUGCGUGACUGCAUGCUUUUUAAAUUGAGUCGAUAGAAAAAUUACAAAUAAAGUUGUUAUUAUAACAAAAAUUGUUUAGAAAUUAAAAGUUUUAUUUUAUAAUGAAUUUUCAUUAUUUUAAUACAAGUUUUUUAUAAAGUAAUAUAGUAAAAAACUUCAACUACACAAAAAAAAAAUUUACUACAAUUAUUUUUACUUAAGACAGAAGCGAUAACUUUGAUAUGAGUUUUAACAUUAAGACAACCAGUAUGACUUAAAUUUCAAAGUUUGUAUCAUUUUGUUUGAUCAUCAGACAGCUCUUCAAUUUCAAAAAAUAUUAAGUAUCAAAAGGUACCUCUUUCACCUCGAGACUCGGAUUCUGAAAAAAAUUUGAAUGCUAAUGAAACUGAAGGAAAAAAACCAUAUUAUUUGGAUAAUUCACCAAAUAACGCAUCUCCAAUACUUGAUAAGGAGAAUCCAGUGUCUUUAACAUCACAAUCAGUUCCUCUCACGGAUGCGACCGACGAAAAUUUACCUGCUACAACGAGUCGCCGAUUAUACUGCAAUUUCUGCGAUCGAGUUGUUUUAUCUUCAGUAGAAUUGCAAUCAACUAUAUUUUCGUUUUUUCUAGCUUUUCUUGUCUUUCUCUUUUUCGGCUGGUUAUCAAUUUUUAUUGUCCCCUUCCUCUGGUCGUUACUACAGGUGAUAGUUAUUUUUAUAUAUUGCCUUCAAAAAACCAUUCAUUUUUCAGACAGCCGUUCAUUUUUGUCCCGUUUGCGAAACAGUUCUUCUUAAACUUAAGCGCGUUUCUGUUUUAAAUUUUCGGGAACAAGUAACGAAUAUUAGCUCAAAAUAGAUGCAAUUCUUCAUUUUUGGAUUUGACAUUGCCACAGAUUAUCACGUUACGUAUAGGAACAUGUGCCCUUGUUUUAACAAAACGUUACUUACUAGGAAUUUUAUCUUUAGUUUCAUUUGUCUUUUUUUUACUGACGUUACGCUGGUAUAUAAACGCAACGGAUUUUCCGGUUGUUAUCAAAAAUCAACCUAUUAACGCAACGUGGACGGAUUUCUUAGAAGAUUGUGGAGUCAAGUCGUACUUGGGGAAUCCUUUGCGAGCGGAAAAACUUUUUUUAGAGAAAUACGAAGGUAAAACAAUUAUAUGGGAGGGACGCAUGCACCAUGUCGAAGAGGGAAUAUUCUCUAAACAUUUUUUAUACUUGGAUAUGGACCCCCCUUUCUAUCCUCGAAAUAAUUAUCGUGAUAUUGCUUUAAUUUUUGGAAAACACCUUUCAAAAGAAAUUAGCAAUGUUGAGGCCGGUGAUAAAAUUCAAUUUGAGUCAACGUUAUUAGAAUUAGGGCGCAGAGGACGACCUCACUUGGGAAUUCUUUGGAAUGCUACUGUUAUAGCGCGUAACAGUACCCUUCCACCGUUAAUGAAAGGGGCUCCCAAUCCUUUCAUCCUUUUACAAGAUAUAGUCCGUUCACCUUUGUUAAUAUCUUCAUAAUAAAAACACUCCUUUCGCUUGCUUAUUUGACUUUUCAUUUCAAGAAUUUUUUUUCUUUAAAUAACUUUCAAUCAUAAGUAUCGGAA